UGAUGCCUCUCUAACUCCAGUGUCCCAUGCGCUAAGAUAAACACAUACCUCACAAAAACGCUGCGUUUAACAUUAUCUUUAUUUUUUUCUUCUUCCCCAAUGGGACAAGCACCGUCCACGCCGGUUUCGUCGCCGGACCUGAGUCGCCGGGAAAUUUUUAACACCGGCCACGCUGAUUUCUCCGACGAAUCCAUCGUCGGCGGCCGCGACUACACCGCCGACAUUCCCGACGAGUGCCUCGCCGGAAUUUUCCAGUUUUUAAGCUCCGUCGAUCGGAAAACUUGCUCCGCCGUGUGCCGGCGGUGGCUGCGCGUCGACGGCGAAAACCGACAGCGCCUCUCCCUGAACGCGAAGGCGAGCCUGGUUGACUUCGUUCCGUCGCUCUUCUCGCGGUUUGACUCGGUCACGAAGCUUGCCCUGCGGUGCGACCGCAAGUCCGCGAGCGUAAACGACGACGCUUUGGUCUUGAUCUCGCUGCGGUGCAGGAAUCUGGUGCGGCUGAAGCUGCGCGGGUGCAGGGAAGUCACGGAGCUCGGAAUGGCCGGCGUCGCGAAAAACUGCACGAAUCUGAAGAAGCUCUCGUGCGGCUCGUGCGCGUUCGGCGCAAAGGGCGUUUACGCUUUCGUUAACAACUCCACCGUUCUCGAAGAGGUUUCCAUCAAGAGGCUUCGAGGGGUUGAAAACGGUAACGGUGACGGCGCGGAAUCGGUGCCUCUUUCCGUUACUUCCUCUUCUUCGUUGAAAUCGAUUUGCCUCAAGGAGCUCGUUAACGGCCACAGUUUCGCGCCGUUAAUAAUUAACUCGAAGAAGCUUGAAACGCUCAAGUUGAUUCGGUGUUCAGGGGAUUGGGAUGUGACUCUGGAAAGUGUUGGAAAGUUGAAUUCCGGGUUGGUUGAGAUUCAUUUAGAGAAGGUUCAGGUUAGCGAUGUGGGACUUUUGGGGGUUUCCAAGUGUUUAAAGUUGGAGUCUUUGCACCUUGUGAAAGCACCCGAGUGUUCCGAUGUGGGACUCUGCCAAGUUGCGGAGAGGUGCAAGAUGAUGAAGAAGCUUCACAUCGAUGGGUGGAGGACUAACAGGAUUGGGGAUUCUGGCUUGAUGGCUGUGGCCAAACACUGUCCUAACUUGCAGGAGCUUGUGCUGAUUGCUAUGUUUCCUACCUCUUUGAGUUUGACUGCGAUUGUUUCUAGUUGUCAGGGUUUGGAGAGGUUUGCACUUUGUGGGAUUUGUACGGUUGGGGAUGCAGAGAUUGAGGGCAUUGUGGCAAAGUGUGGGGCGCUUAGGAAGCUUUGCAUUAAGGGGUGCCCCGUGUCGAAUGCUGGGAUUGCGGCUUUCGCUUCGGGGUGUCCUAAUUUGGUUAAGCUCAAGGUGAGGAAGUGCAGAAGGGUUAACGGUGAAGUUGUGGAGUGGCUGCGUGAGAAGAGGAGUCCUCUCGUGCUUAGUAUUGAUUUCAGUACUGAAGUUGAGGCUUUGGAUGGAAGUGGUAGUGAUGUUGGGCCUCAGGAAAGUAGCACAGCGUUUCCUCCGAUCGACACGACACAAGUGUCCUUGGUUGAUGAUGCUCUUUCAAGCAGUAAUAGCAGCAGCAGCAGCAACAACAACAACAACAGAUUGUCUAUGUUGAGGAACAAGUUUGGAUUUUUGGCUGGUAGGAAUUUGAUGCCAUGUGCCUUCAGAAGGUGGGCAAACAUUGAUGAUAUCUCCAGUACCAGCUUUCAAUGAUCCUUUAUUUUGUAAGGAUGGUAAUGCAUUCUUGCCAUUUUCACAAUGUUUGUUGGUUGUGUUCUCAUUUGUUCAGUUACAUUACAUGUAUGUUCCUUGAAAUUGUUGGUCUCUGAAUUAUGUUUUCCUACUGGGGUUGGUUAUGGCGGUUGUUAUUAUGUUAUAACUAUGUGUAGCCAGUCAUUAGUCUGUUAGCUUCAUUAACUGGUCUUAUUCAGUUUGUUAUUUUAAUGGUCGAUACCACAUUUUUGGUUAUGAGUGCAUAUUUAACGGAAAAUAGAAUAAAAGCGGAUAAAAUGGAGUAGAAGUUACUUUCUUA